AUGGUAACCUCAACAAACGGGUAUACAACAAAAGCUAUCCGGGACUGGGAGGAAGACGGUUCGUUGCCGAGCACCCCGGAGUUUCAUUCGGACAGUUAAUCCGACGAGGAGCUGGAGAGAGAAACUAAACUCAUUAUUCACAGUUUUUUGGGAGACUUUACUGGACUUUCUCAGCCUCAACGAAAGGAAACCAAAGCACUAAAAAUGAUGAAAAGAGUUGUUGCGGACGUAUUAGAAAAGCACAGAUAUGCUUACAACGGAAUGAUUAAUAAAUUGUCAUUGGAUGAAAGAGAAGAAGAUAUGUCAUUUGUAGCGAAGAGCCUCUUUGGAGACCACACGACCAACUGGGGUCGUAUUGUCAGCUUUGUGGCCUUCGGGGCAGUGGUGUCUCAGCACCUGAAGGAAAAGGGCAGGGACAACUGCGUGGUGCUAGUGAGUCAAGAGAUUUCUGCAUACUUGCUGUCUGAACAGCGAGACUGGAUUAUCAAAAACAAUGCAUGGGAUGGCUUUGUGGCGUUCGUUCGAGUAGCAGACCCUGAGUCGAUAGUCAGGAACACACUCAUGGCCUUUGCUGGAUUUGCUUGUAUUGGGGCAACACUGGCACUGUUGAUCAGGUGAAUUUGUUGGACACUGAGCAACCUCCUCUUUUUUUUCCCUUCCCCAUUGGACAUUCAAAUAAAUUGAAUUGAAUUGUUGGGUUUUUCUCUGUAUGUGUUAUUGUAGGGUCUACCUUACAAUAUAACGCAGACCCUACCUUAUAUCAAGGCAACUGUUGUUGUGCUUGUUGUGAUUUGUUGUGAUUUGGCGCUGUAUAAAAUUGAA